UCUAAUACGGUGGUGGUGAAGAAAUUGUGGGAAUAACUGAUUAUAGAAAUCUGAACUUCUUCUACCGUCAGUUAAUUAUAUUUGCAUCCAUUUAUUCCUGCAUGAAUUUCUAGAACAAGAGAAGCCACAAUGCUAAUUAAAGUCAAGACGCUCACUGGCAAAGAAAUCGAGAUUGACAUCGAGCCCACAGACAAGGUGGAGAGAAUAAAAGAGAGAGUGGAGGAGAAAGAGGGAAUCCCACCCCAGCAACAGAGACUCAUCUACAGUGGAAAACAGAUGAAUGAUGAGAAAACGGCAGCGGAUUACAAGAUCCAGGGUGGCUCUGUGCUGCAUCUGGUUCUUGCUCUAAGAGGUGGGCAUCUUCACCAGCAUCCCAGCAGCCUCCUUCUAACUAUGUAACCGCCAGUCCUGCCUUGACCACCUUAGAUAUCCAGUGUAUUUGCACAUGUCACUAAAAACCAUUUGAACCAUCUGGACUGACAAGUGGUAGCCACUAUAAUCUUUGUUUGUUGGAACAUUCAUCAGCUUCCUCCUGUUAAUGCCACUCCCCCUUAAUUUGUUAAGAGCAUGACUGUGCUCUUGUUAAGUUUACAAGAAGUGUUAGAAAUCAAGGUGAAAAUGAUGUAUCAGUUUGUCAAUAAAAAUUGAUGCAACCCAUUUAA